AUGUCGACCAUGCAGUCCAACAGCACCACACCCUUGGAGGACGCCAUCAGAGCAAAGGCAUCUUUCACGCCUUCUACGCUGGAAAUAUUCAACGACAGCCAUCUCCACUCUCACCACAAGGCCAUGCAAGGCGUGACCUCCAAGGAGACUCACUUCAGACUCGUCAUUACAUCUGAUGUGUUCAAGGCAAAGCGCUCGCCUGCACGGCACAGGAUGGUUUAUGCCCUUCUACGUGAUGAGAUGGCGCAAGAAGGUGGCAUCCACGCUCUUCAACUGCGUACCUUGACACCCGAGGAAGAGGAGAAAGAGAAGGCUAAAAAGGUCGAGGCCGAGGGCGCCACCCAGGCAGCCUCAGAGCCCAUUGCUGAGUAA